AAACAGGUUUGCGAGGGAACAAUUUGGUUGGUACUCUCUCUCCUGACAUGUGUCAGCUGACAGGGUUGUGGUACUUUGAUGUAAGAAAUAAUAGUUUGAUUGGUAGCAUCCCUCAGAACAUAGGCAACUGCACCGCCUUCCAGGUCUUGUAUGUAUACCAUCUAAUGCAAUUGCGCCAAAUUCUGGAUAAACGCUACUAUGUCUAGUCCAAGAAUGUUUAAUCUCUUUUGAUUGGCUAGAUUUUUGCAAGGUAAUCAACUCUCAGGACAAAUCCCAUCGGUGAUUGGCUUGAUGCAGGCACUUGCUGUGUUAGAUUUAAGCUGCAACAUCCUGAGUGGACCUAUCCCUCCUAUUCUAGGAAAUUUGACCUACAUGGAGAAAUUUUUUAGAGAGGAUCUUUUGAUCAUGCAGAAAAUUUUGUCGAAUGAGUCCCUUUCUUUUAAUAGGACUGAUUGCCCUCACUUUCAACACCUUUCCACUCCGUUCAACCUGCUCAGACAACAGGUUCUUUUGGGUUUGGCAACUUUGGUCAAACACAAGCAGCUGGUACAAGUAGUUUUGGAGGCAUGCCAAGCAUUUUUGGUCAGAGUACUUUUGGACAAUCACAUACUUGGGGAUCCAAAUAUUCAGGUUUUAUUUCAAAUGCACUAAUUACUCUGCUGAGUUAACAAUAAAGACCGACCCGCAAAAUUCAGACUAUGUUGUUGAGUUGGGUGCAUCACGGAAUUUCGAACCUUGGCGUGCAAAGGAUGAGGAAGCAGAUAAGGAAAAACAAAAAAGAGAAACUGAAGAGAUGGGAGAUGCAAUGAAAUCCUUGGAGAAUAGAACCUUAGAU